GUCAGCAUGGAUGACUACACCCCCACAGAUCAGGUUAGUGUAAUUAAUGUGAUAGGGGCUGAACCAAGACACCCAUUUGUACAGAUUCUUUAUGUAAUUUGGUUUAGUCCCAACAGCAGCUGAAAUGCAGCAAACCACAUAAUUACAAAAUGCAGUCUAGCUGUUUGAAUAAUGGAUGUUAAAGAAGAAGAAGCUUUUCAAUGUUGUAAGCUUGUGUUUUACUGUUGCUACAUGUAGGUCGUGAUUCCUGUAAUACAUCUGUUAUUUCUCCUUGCUUUCCAUUCUGUGUCCCACAGACAAAGCAAACAGAAAACAUGAAUGUAGAAGCCUGCAGUUUCCAUCACCAGCCUUCACUACGCAGUAGCUGUGUUGUAUUUCAGUGAUGGAGGUGAUGGAAAUCAAGAAGGAGAGGUGUCCAGUGCCCAAAUUCAGGGGGAGUAGCAGCAGCAGACCUCAGGGCUUCUCUGUGUGCAUGAAAACACCUCCUCUCCAGCCUAUGCCUGUCUCCUGCAGGCAGGAUAGUUUCUGUUUAAGCCUUAAUUGCAGGGCAGUGCACUUUUCACACAGACACAGCUGCAGCACGCACAUCCAUGAUGUUUGCUUUUGGUUGCUGAUUUACAAAAUUUUGGACAUAGUCACUUGAGUUUUUUCUAGGUAUCUUGAUAGAUCUUGAUACAAUACUCUAAUGACAAAAGCAUUUGGGAAACUUAAGGCUGGAAUGAUGCAGCUUUAGAGUAAGAAGGGGCUUAGGUGGGGUCAUGUCUGCAAGUCACCUCCGUCCCUGAGCUCGAGCUGCCUGGUUUCCUUGGCAGGUUGUCUCCUAGGCAAACGUUCUGAGGCUGUUACUGCUCAGUGCCAAUGUCCCACUGCCAUCCAGUAGUCUCAGUCAAGACUGUGGGCCAUGUGAUGAACUGCAAAUACACAUAGUAAGGGAGAAUCCUACACUGGGACCUAUUACGAUGCAGAGUUUUGACAUCAGGGAUUUUUGAAACGAGGUUUCAAGUAGAUAAAGUAAAUUUCCACAUGUUUGAUGUAGGUGGCCAAAGAGAUGAGAGAAGAAAAUGGAUCCAAUGCUUUAACGAUGUCACGGCUAUAAUCUUUGUUGUGGCUUGCAGCAGCUACAACAUGGUAAUAAGGGAAGACAAUAACACAAACAGACUACGGGAAUCCCUGGACCUUUUCAAAAGUAUCUGGAAUAACAGGUGGUUACGGACCAUUUCUAUCAUUUUGUUCUUGAAUAAACAGGACAUGCUGGCUGAAAAAGUCUUGGCAGGGAAAUCAAAAAUUGAAGAUUACUUUCCUGAAUACGCGCAUUACACUGUACCUGAGGAUGCAACACCAGAUGCGGGAGAAGACCCCAAAGUCACAAGAGCCAAGUUCUUCAUCCGGGAUGAGUUCUUAAGGAUAAGUACGGCGAGCGGAGACGGCCGGCACUACUGCUACCCGCACUUCACGUGCGCCGUGGACACAGAGAACAUCCGCAGAGUGUUCAACGACUGCAGGGACAUCAUCCAGAGGAUGCACCUCCGCCAGUACGAACUCUUGUGAGGGGAUCGCCGUGGAACCUGUGGUUUUAAAUUCUUUGCUCCUUACUCUUUCUCUUGAUACUACCCCACGCAGGGUGGAAGAAUAUACUAUAGAAAUGUCAGUCUCUUCACUUGGUUUACUUUAAUUAUUUAACCUUAAAGCUGAUUUGAAGCGAGUUUGGGUUGGUUUUCCUUCAUGCUUUUUGGGACUAUUUUUGUGCUUUAUUUUGACAUGCCACUUCUUCGUCAUUCCACUAAGCCCUUUGGCUACCUCUGUUCCCUCGGGUUUUGUUGUUGUAAGCGAGCGCGACCCGCGACGCGUUGCGGCGGGUCGGUGCCAGUUCGGAGCGGGAUGUUGGCUGGACGACGCUAAGUCACGGCGCUCCCUCCGCGUGGGUUUCCUUUUUAACGUGACAUUGAAGAGUACUUGAUGGGUGAAAAAGAUUAAUGCACUUUGUAUCAGGUUAUUAAAUACUGUCGAGGAAGUAGACACACAAUGUAGCAGCACCACAAUAUUUAUUACUCCGUCACAGUUUUUAGCAUUUCUGAGUUGCAGGUCAACUGAUACGGUGACCUCCUCUUUUAAGCCGUUACUGGCACAGGAAGUAGAGUAGAUACUGAGAGGAAUAGUGAAGACAAAGCAAUUUCUCUGGGGUUCCGGAGCUCGGCGUCUCUGCGCGCCUCAGGCGUUUCAAUCACAGCUCCUUUUCAGCCUGUCUCAUCUAGGCAGAAAAUUGACCGCCCUCACUUACGUUGUUUGUGCUGUCCACAAAUGAUCCUUUCCGUUCCGAUCAUUCUUGGACGACGGUCCUCUCCCUAUAUAUAUUUUUUUGUUUUACUGCUGGUUUAUUAUAUUGUACAGACUGUAAAAUGUAAUAUUAUUUUGUACAACUUUAUUGAAGAAAAAUACUUGUAGAAGAUCUUUGUGCCUUGAUUAUGGCUGUACCUGUAAAAUGAGCUAAGAUGUAAGUAUGUUUUUGAUUGCGCUGUACAGCUUGAUGUCAACCUUACCUGCAGCAGUGACUGGAGGUAAGAACUUUAUCUGUAGAGUUUAGGGGUUUUUUUCUGGUUUAUAUAAAAAUGCUCUUUAGUAUAAAAAUUAUAAAUUAUGCAAAUUAACCACUUACCUUUCCCAGUGAGGUAUUACCGUCACCGGAUGUUGCAGCAAACAUGCCUUUCUCUUUCGAAGUCUCAGCUUUAAAACAUUGGAAUUCAUUCGAGUGUCCAAAUUGCAACCUGGUGUUGUUUUAAUGGGAACCGAGGAUUUAUUAUUAUUAUUAUUAUUAUUAUUCUUUUUUUCCUUUCUAUUUAGAAAAUAUGUUUGGUAAUUCUUCGGUCAUUCAUAGAACUUCACAAUGGCACAGACCGAUUGUGAACGUGCAAAGCACCAUUCUGUAGAGCUCUUCGAUCUCUGUACCAACAGCGGCUUUCAUUGUGCAAGUAAAUAGCGAGAAAGAAGACAAAAAGUUGUAUCGACCCUCGUGUCUGGCCUAAGAGAAUUACAAGAUGACAUUUUUAUUUCUCUUUUAAUAAAGAGACACGUUAGAAAAUUGUUUUAUUUUAAAUAUUGUAGAACCAAGAUGUGUGAAUAUUUCUCAAACUUGAAUAAUUUAUGCAAAUGACAUUCUCAAAAACGAGUUGUGGUACAGUACAAUAUAUACAAGCAAGAAUUGCUGUAGCAAUAAGGCAUGUCCUUUUUAGUAACUAUAACACUGCUUUAUAUUUUAUACAUAGGUGUUUUCUGUCUGUGACUAUAUACUUUUCCUGUGUCCAAGAUAACCUGUACAAAUGUCUAAAAUUACAGUUGCAAUAACAGAAACCUAGCAAAGUGUUAGACUACAUUACUUCACAGAGUGUUUUACCACACUUGGACCGUUCCCACUCCUCGUUUUAAAGUUAGGGAGAGAUUAAGAGCUGACACGUUCCCGACGUUGGCCUACAACUCGGCGCUUCGAUCAACGUUUUGCUGUAAGCAUCGCUGGUGGUUACAACGCCCCGCCACCACCUCUCGAAUUCAAGUCAGGCUGCGGUCCACUGCAGUCCUUGUUUCUAUUUGAUGACAAACAACCCCAUUUUAGACACGAUAAUAUGACCAUUUCCUCUUCUCAGAAACAUGUAGAUUUUAAUACGUGCAAGUUGAGUCAUCAGAUACUUCCCAGAAAGCGAAGGGCUGGGUGGACUGAGCUAGUCAACUAAAGCCCUGAAUGCGGAGAUUCUCUCGCUUCCCGCACCAAGGAAAGUACCGGGACAAGUAACAGGAGACGGUCUUGGCCUCAGAAGCAGCCCCUGCCCCAAGAGCUACCAGCCCAGCAGGGCUCAGCAGGAGCUUCGCUGGGGUGGGCGGGGAGACACGGUGAGGUUUGUCGCACCCUCUCCUAGGCACAGCGCGCAGAGGUGCUGAGCUCUGCUCCAGUGCCGCCACCCGGCCGGGGGCUCCUUACUGCUGCCACCUCCCCAGCACAGAGCCGCUGCACUUCGCAGUGGGACACUGCAGAAACACUAAGAGCCGGCAGCCCUGCCGGAGCCUGGAACAGGAGGCACGCCUGCCCCUGGCACCUGCCUGCAGCUGGGGGCUGAGGCACAGGACGUUACUGCAGCUGUAUUUGACCUUCCUUCUUGCAGAGCGGCAGGCGGAGGGCCCCUCACCACACAGAUCUCUGGGAUGCAAUAGGGCCCUCUUUUUUAAGCCCAUCAUAGCACAUCUUUUUAAAAAUAGCAGCUUGAGGUGUCACCCUACUUUUGUUUUAAGCAGGUUUCAGGUGUUGUACCAGCAAACUGGAUCUGCGAGGCUUCUUCCUGUUGCUGCCUGGUAGAUGCUAAAUGGUAGUCAUCCAAUAGUUCGGCAUCACGGGAACUGCAAGGUUUCUUGUCCCUCAUGUAGGACAUUCUAAAAGGUUAUGGAAAUCUGCAUCUCUCAGUGCCGAUAUAUCUUGCUUCUGCCUGACCCGACCAAACAGAUGAAUGACAUUAGAAGGGCCACGCAGCAAUAAAAGAGAGAAAUGUUUCCAGUUUGCAGCACUGAGCCUCCACCAGGGUGUGACACCAGUGCAGACAAGUGAUGAGGCGACAGGAUUUACAUAAUGUACAGUUACACUUUUAAUAUACAUAUUUGAUACAAAAAUUAUAGCAGGAAAAGGACUCAUUUGAUUGUAGAAUACAGUAUUUUUGUACAGCAUGGAACGUUCAUUUCAGUUAAUUAUUUAUCCUGUGGUAGUCAUAUCAGCUGUAUAGGACUUCUAUGGUAUGUGUAAAUGCAACCUGCCUUCAGACUAGCAAUCAAAUUAGGUCAUUUGCUGGCAUGAAUAUAGUCUGAUGUUUGACUGUUCUCAGCUUUGGUAUUUCAGUGACUGAAUGCAGAUGUCUGGCUCUUCAUGCUGCUUUAUGCUUACUGAUUAAACGCUGAGCAAAAUAAAAUGGUGGAGUGAGAAGCUGAAAAUGAGCUAGCACCAGGACAACGAGCAGGGCUCCUGCUGCCCAGUAUAUAGCGAAGACUCUGCUCUCACGUGGAAGGAAGCAUUUGUGGAGGGAGAAGUCAGUUGGUGUUAUGCUGCCCUGGAAAAGAAAGGCAGACAGCGUCACUGCCCUCUUGCAGCGGGUCCCACAGCAGGAGUUGCACCAGGGCAGGCAGAUCUCCAGCUCCCAAGUUUUGUGUUGGGUGCGGAGGGUUGGAGGCAGCUCCCUAGUACCAGUGCCUUCUCCAGGGGGCUGAAGAGUCUGUACUGGCGGUGCUGGGCACUAACUGGAGCAACCAGUAGGCCAGCGUUAGCCCAGGUGCCAAUCUGCCUGCUUCUCAGCUAGAGUAACCAGGGAGCUGGGCUCCUCCUCAGCUCGGCCUUCCGGAGGAAAAGCCCAACUCCAGCUGUGGGGAAGCAACCUGGAGGCAGCCUUCCUGGGCUCGAGUUAGACUUCGUGAAUGUGCCCCUUCCUCACCCCAGGCCCUCCUCUUACCCGCUACAUGCUGCAAAACACACGUUGGCUAAUCCAAAUUGCCUACACAAGCUUAAACAACAGAGAACUUCUUCAUUGGGUUUUGGCUUGACCUCCAAUUCAAGUUUACAGCAGCCUGAGGCUGAGCUAAAACCGUAGCAAGGAGGAUGCUGCUUGAACUGGCCAACCUCUUGUUUUGUCUGGCAUGUGCAGAGAGCAUACAUAGUUUGAAGGCAGAUACUCUCAGGAAUAUGGAAUAAACACAACUAAUUUUCAACAAGAAAGAAAAACAGUUGCAUAAAAUGAAUUGCAAAGGUUGGGGUUAUCUGUGUAUUAUGGAGCCUAAACUCAACAGCAGAAAAAUACCAUAAAGAUUUCCCCGAGUCACAGACUACUCCCAUAAACAGAGUGCAGGUUUUGCUUCUUACUCCACAUUUCUCAGAGUUCUGUUUUCUUUCUGACCUGGGGAAUGCGUUGAUUUACCUCUGAGGAUAUACUGAGCACUGGAACUGCCUGCGCGAGCAUAACCAACACUGCAUGAAUGCAAAUGGGAUGCAAAGAGACGGCCCGUGGGCAUGCAGCCAACACUUUCCCUGUGUGAAGUGAUCUGUGCCCGAGGCUGAAGGCCACCACCACCACAUGAAAGUUCAGGGUGGCGACAGUCUCUGUUUAGAGUGGGUAAAUCAGCUGAGUAACGUGAGUCUUUCUACUGUUUGGUGCACAAUACUGAUUCUUUUUUUACAAGUCAACAGUUUACAGCGCGCCCUCUUCAUAAGCAAUUGUCAGAUGCUUGUACCCAUAUACUGAUUAGGUCUUUAACAGCAUUGCUUUGUACCACACAGAACAUGGCUCCCACAGAUGUACUUUAUAAAGUGGAUGCAGUGUACUGAGUGGGUCGGGUGGGUAGGCAAUUUUUUUUAUUUUUUGUUUUUACAGGUAGAAUCAGUUUUAAGAUAUAGCUGACUGCCAUGUUGAUUUAUUUAUGAGAGUUAUCUGACAAAAAUAAAAAAAAAAAUAAUUAAAAACUUA